CCCAGUAAAGGAACACCUCAGUUCAGCCUCUCUCCUCCUGCAGCCCUUCACACAGCCGGUGACGGGCUCCUGAGACGCCGCUGCGGCUGCUUCCUGCUCCGGAGCGGAUGGAGCAGCAACCUUGGGAAGAAGAGAAGGACGAAUGCGGGGUUUGGUCCACCUUAUACUGCGAGGAAGGAGGACAGGGCAGAGCGAGGAGCGCUGCUGAGCUGCAGGAGACGUAAACAUUGCCAUGCCCUGCUUCAUGCACCACCUCCUCCUCCUCUGGGCUCAGUUUUAGAGGAUAACAGCAGAGGAGAGGAAGAGAGCAUCACGCUGUUGUCGAAGGUAAAUAUUGUGGUGAAGUUGUGUUUGGGAUAGGAGGCUGCGGCGGGCCACUCUGGUUCUCUCCUGCAUCCUGGCUCUGAUUCUCCUGCAUCCUGACCCUGGUUCUUUCCUGCAUCCUGACUCUGGUUCUCCUGCAUCCUGACUCUGGUUCUCUCCUGCAUCCUGACUCUGGUUCUCCUGCAUCCUGGCUCUGGUUCUCCUGCAUCCUGGCUCUGAUUCUCCUGCAUCCUGACUCUGGUUCUCCUGCAUCCUGACACUGGUUCUCUCCUGCAUCCUGGCUCUGAUUCUCCUGCAUCCUGACUCUGGUUCUCCUGCAUCCUGACUCUGGUUCUCCUGCAUCCUGACACUGGUUCUCUCCUGCAUCCUGGCUCUGAUUCUCCUGCAUCCUGACUCUGGUUCUCCUGCAUCCUGACUCUGGUUCUCCUGCAUCCUGACUCUGGUUCUCCUACAUCCUGACUUUGCUCUGUCCAUGUUUUGCGGCCAUGCUGCAGGCAGCAUCAUCCGACCUGUUCCCGACCUGAGCUGCACUCUCUGGGAUUAACAAGUUCCCCAAAGCAGGCAACUCCACUUCUUCCUGUUUUGGAGUAUUAUUUUGUACUCUGUGUAACUGGGUGAUAAGGAACAUUCUUCAUGAGCAGUUUGGAGGUGUUUUGCUCACAGUGCCUCACACAUCAUCAGCCCCAGUUAGAAAGAUGUGAUGAGCUGCAGACACUUUGAUGAGCAAAAGUAAAGUCUCCAACAUUAAUUAUCAGACCUUGCCUCUGCAUGACCGGUGGAUCGGUGGGACCGGUCUUGUUGUUGCUAUCACAGUUCACGUUAAACGCAGCACACCAUGGGUGCCAAGCAGACCAAAGGCCAGGAGGCCGGAGGAGCCAGCCCCCAGCACGGCUGGAAGCGAACACCCACCAAGGAGCGGGGCGACAUCCUGGCUUCCCUCAUGCUGAAGUCAGGGGACCGGCUGAGCCGUGGCGGGACGCCUCCGCCGCCCUACCAGCGGCGCAUCGGCAUGAUCCAGGAGAUGAUGCUGAUGGCCAAGCAGGGCAAGCAGGACGAGGCCACGGAGAUGCUGAAGACACUCCGACAGGACCUGGGCAUGGAGUCAACAUCUCUGGAUGACGUGUUGUACCGCUACGCCAGCUUCAGAAACCUGGUUGACCCCAUCACGCAUGACCUGAUUAUCAGCCUGGCACGAUAUGUCCACUGCCCCAAGACGGAGGGCGACUCUCUCGGGGCGAUGGAGAAAGUUUGCCGUCAGCUGACCUACCACCUCAGCCCCCACUCUCAGUGGAGGAGACAGGGCCUGCUCAAGAGGAAACCUCAGGCCUGUUUGAAGGCGGUGCUGUCGGCCCCUCUGUCCAGUGGGGCGUUGGAUCUGUCCGGUAUCCCUCUGGCGGCUCGGGACAUGGAGCGUCUGUGUGCACAUCUGCAGCGCCAUGCGUCCAUCGUGGUCAGCCUGGAGCUGGGCUUCAGCGAGCUGACGGACGAGGCCUUCCUCCUGCUCCUGCCCACGCUGGCCGCCCUGCCACACCUGGAGACCCUGGCGCUGAACGGGAACAGGCUGACCAGAGCUGUUCUGAAAGAGGUGACCGACGCCCUGAAGGAUCCUGGCAGUUUCCCCAGCGUGACAUGGAUUGACCUCGGCAACAACGUGGACAUCUUCUCCCUGCCGCAGCCCUUCCUGGUCAGCCUGAGAAAGCGCUGUCCCAAGCAGGGAAACUUGCCCACCAUCCUGGAGUUCGGAGAGAGUCAGGCCAGCGACGCCCCCGAGAGGCUGAGGGGGCUCGGGGAAGAGGAGGAGACGGACGACACCAACCGAACCGAGAGCCUGGGCGAGCUCCGGUCGGAGGUGGAGGAGGAGCUGGACGGAGAGAUGGAGAUAGAGGAGAUGAUGGAGGAGCUGCUGGACUUCGACAGGGAGGUUGCAGGGAGGGAGGACGAGGACGAGAGCAUGUGGACGGUGGAGGAGCAGAGGAAAGGGGGAAGGAGGAGGGGGUGGAGAGGGGAGGAGGAGGAGGAGGUGGAGAGGGCGGAGAAAGAGAAGGAGGCACAGAGGAAAGAGCUGCGGCCAGGCAGGAGGGCGGCGAUGGCGGACGAUGGCGACGACACGCACAGCCGCUCCUCCCACCUGUCCUGCUCCAGCCAGUCACAACACUCCUCUGGAGCCGCUGAGCCAAUGAGAGUGGAGGACUUAGAUGAGGUGACGGGCCAAUCAGACCACUUGACCUGAUUGCUGCUCCUUGCCCCGCUCUGCUUAUGUUUCCCUUUCUGUGUCGAGUCCUGUGUGGAAGGAGGAGAGAGAAGACUUUGUCUCCUGCAGAGGAUAACUGACUCAAAGUCAAACGGGCUGUAAUCCAUAUGAACACGCUACUGGAUACUCCAUCUACUGAUCUGAUUUGUGACCAGCCACCGCAGCGCUCGGAUACUGGCAGAGUGACAGCUGGACCUAGGUGACUCUUGGUGACUGGAACAUGAGAAGACAAUCCGCAACAGGACGUCUGUUUUAUCGUAACUGUCUGUUUUUUCAAAGUACCAAUAGACGCUAAGAUGCUAAUGCAUAGAAUAGACUGAUUAUAUCACAUGAGGCUUUUAUGUAUAGAAUGUUAAUCUUUAUUCAGGUCCUUUCCUCCCGGUAACCCUGGUGAUACCUACAUGUGCCUGUGACCCGUCCCGUUACUGGUUAAGAGUGUGUGUUUAUGAUAAACAAGAGACCAGAAAAUAUAAAAGCAGAGAUACACACAAACUAGUCAGGGCCCUUAAACCUUUUGAAAAUGUUUUUGCCAAAAAGCUAGAAGUGGAAAAUGUUUCCCUCCCACAUACGUCCACAGCUAGCCAGAUGGAUCGGAAGACAGACGGGAAUCAAGAGUCAAGCCGACUGCGUCGUGGAAGUCGGUUGCUUCUUAACGAAUGAACAGAUGCACCGUGCUUUAGUGGAAGAGCAGUGCACUGAAGAUGAAAUUAGUCAGCUGAAACCAAAAGAGAUAAACAAGUGAUAAAGAAAAGGACACAGUAAAGGCCUGAUGACUGUAGUGGUACGUGUCCACAGCCUCCGUCCUUUCCACGCUUCCCAUUCAUUGUCCAUGUAAGCAGCCGUUCAAUGCAUUCUGGUAGCGUGGCGGCGCAAUUCGAGAGACGGGGUGUCACGUCGGCCGCUCCUCGUUUGCAUAAAGUUGAGGUCUCGGCUACUUUAUGCAAAUCAGGGGGCGUACGGCGCAACUCGCCGCUUAUGGAAACUCCCUCGAAACUUUUAAACUAACCGUUGUUGAUCCAAAAUAAAGACAGAUUCAGCAACUGCAUGGCUUAUUUCUUGCAUAAAAUGUUUUCAGAAACACAUUUCGUGAUAUUCACCUCAUGCUGCCCUGCCUAUUUUUUCACUUCUGGUUCGAACGCAAUUGCGUUAGUUCUUCCAGUUAAGUGCCAGCAGUGCUAUUAAGCAGCUACAUUUCGGCGAUCGGAUGCUUUUACCAGAGACGGUUUUGCAAUACUACAUCCAUCAGCCAUCAUUGACUGGGAGGACGAUGUAAUUUAACUGUAUUAUUAUUGUUUUUAGUACCCAAUAGUUAAACCUGCAGUGUGGACCUGUGUCUACCUCUUCUAGCAGUGAGAGUAAUUACAAAAACACUGUUGACAUGUGCUUAUGUGCGCUGACCGACUGGUCUCACACAGCCAGCAGCUCCGAAAACAUAAUUAAUUCAUUUCCAAAUAUAUUUGGUUAAACUGAUCACAUAUUGGAAAUCUAAAUGGUUACUUUAUCGCCUAAAAGAACAUAACAACAGCUUGUUUAAGGCUUAAAAACUGCUUUUUGGCAAGUAAAAGAUGAUGAACCAUGGAUGUGUUACCACUAUGCUAGCAACGCUAAGCAAAUAAUGGCACUUCCGCUCUAAACAGAAGUGUGAACACAACAUGACGCAAUGCAGAAGCAGCCUAGUUCAGGUAAAGAAUAAGGUGAAUAAGAGAAGAAAGUAAGAAAGAAAUGAGGAACCGUCUUGGUUCCAAUUUGAAAGAUGGGAGCAGCAGCCCACGAGGGAAAGCGUUCGUCUAAUCAGGUGCCGAGUGCCUUGUGUCUAGUGGAGCCCAUCAAGCGUCCCAUGCUGGGAAGCGAGGCGAUCCCUCGCGAUAAAAAACGCCCCUUGUGGACAUGUACCAUAAGGAAAGCAGUAAAAAGGUGUCCCGUUUUGGAAGGACGAGGGCUUGCUGUGGUGUCCAUGUACAGCGGAUAGAUGUGAUAAUCGUAUUGCCAUGUGUCCCAAUGCAAAGUGCUGGGGUAUCAAGUUGAAAUAUUGAGUAGCCUUUCUCUCAUAAUCCAGGUCAUGUUUCACUCCACGGUACUGCACGCUAGAGUGCGUCAUAUGCUUACAGUGCUGUGUUUAUAUAUAGGCCGCAGCUAUGACCACAUUCACGUAUGCUGCCCGCUGGGUUACAACAGAUUAUAUCCUUAUGCAGUAUGUAGCUCUCACCCGGCCUGUGCUUUCCAUUCCAUGUGUCACUUAUAGUCCAAUGCAAAGCUUUAAGAAAUAUUUUUGGAUGUACAGUAUAUAUAUGUUUUUAUCUGUGCAGGGGCAAUUAUGUAGAUUGUAGAUUAGCUAUUUAAAGAGGAAUGCCACUCAAUUCAAUGAUUCAUGCAUGUUAUUUUUGUGGUCUGGGAUAGUUCAAGCUAUAUUCAUGAAUAAUACUUAAAAGCUGGGAAAAAGGGGAACCAAUCUCUUAAUUUGUGAUACUAUAAAAAGGCACUCAUUGGAAAGGCUAUUUUGAAAUGGAAAUGAGGAGAAUAUUAACACGUGUAGAAAAAAAACCUUCAUCCUAACGCAGUUAAAAAAUGAAUAAAUGCUUUAUACUUUUCCCCAAGACAGCUGCCACUUCAUUCACCUUUGCAGCUGUUAACGUGUGUGGCAUAAAAAAUGAAGGCCUUUAAUGACAUGCUGAUAUUUGCAGUUGCAACACAUCGUCAGGCAGAUCUCAUAUACAUAGACAAGCAUGUUUGUCUGCGCACCUGUCACGUAGACGUUUUAGUGAGCAAGAACUUCUUUGAAAUUGCGCUCUGCUGGAGUCCCCCUUUACAAUACAGUAGUUGUUGCUUGUUUAUGCAGAAUCCCACCAACAGACGCUGGAUGGGAUCCAUGUUUUCAUUUCAUUAUGUCUUUCUGCUAGCAGGAUAUAUUACCUCUGAAAGUAUUGGCAUAAGACUUUAUGGAAAGGUCAGUGGGUGAACGUGGCGAGAAUCCAACAUGUCGAACUAGAAUAUCUUGACAAUUGUAUAGCAUUGGCAGAGGUACUGUACUGAAUGACAGUCAGUUCUCACAUACAAAGCUAUUUUCUUCUUGUCUGAAAUAUUUUAUGGAAACCAUAUUCUGAUAAACAAGAAAUAAUCUCUAGAAACUAAAAUUAAAUGUCUGAAAAGGAGAAUUUAAAGUAAAAUAUCUGAUCAGAUCGUAUCAGUAUAAAUAACUUUAUGUGAGUUGAUUGAAUUUUAUUUCAAAGGCUGACUUACAAAUAAGGCAUGGUGUCAUUAAAAUGAAUGGAUACCAUUUACAUUUAGAGACGCUAAAAGCAAAGCAAGCAUUCAUUUAAAGGUGCAGUGUGUAGGAUUUGGCAACAUCUAGCAGUGAGGUUGCAGAUUGCAACCAACCAAACUUCUCCUGUGUGCCAAGCGUGCA